CGGAAGUCAACAGUAUGGCGUCUCUGGCGAUGCGCAUUCGCACGAAAAUAUGCUGUAGCUAGCAGAAUAAAAAUAUUUAGUCAGACGCUUAAAGAUAGCUAGAUAAGUGACUCAGUUUUAAUGUCACAGUGUGCUUGUUUUUUGGACAUAGUUAAAAAAAAUAUAGGCAUAGUUGCCUGUUAAGCAGCAAAGCGCGCGUGACGGUGCUCGGGUUUUGUGCGCGUGUUAGCGCGUGAGCUGUAGUCAGCUUCAGCUUCAUCACAGCAGCAGCAGCAGCAGAAAGGUGAAACGAUGGAGUCAUCUGAGCAAUGUCCUCCAGACUCAGCGCAUCAGGAGGUGAACCCGAUGUUCCUCCAGCAGCUCAGAGAACUGGAUAUCCCUGAGGAGGCAGCCAGACAGGCACUCCUACACACAAGGAAUGUGUCUGCUGAGGAGGCGGCGAUGUACUACUUCAACAAGCUGGAAAACGAGGAAGAAGGAGAUGAAGAUAUGAUGUUUAAGAUGGUCUUUGUUGUGAACAUGGAGCUGUCCAUGGGAGUGGGGAAGGUGGCAGCACAGGUGGGCCAUGCAGCUGUGGCUCUGUACCAGGCCAUGCAGGACAAGAAUACUUGGAGAGAGAUGGCCUGGAAAUGGGACCAUGCUGGAGCUAAGAAGAUUGUGCUACAGGGCACCAACACAGCACACCUCUUGGAGCUGCAGGCUCUCGCUAUGAGUUUGAACCUCCCUGCAAAACUGAUACAGGAUGCCGGACUCACACAGGUGGAGCCGGGCUCUAGCACUGUGCUGGCCAUCAUGGGAGAGGAAGAAAUGGUCAAUAAUGUUACAGGUAGCCUGAAACUGCUUUGAGCACUGCAAAGAAGCAACCGUGGAAAUGCAGAUGUGUAAAGUGCCACUGAGUGUCCACAGGGGGGCAGAACAGUCCCACAGCAGCAAAGCUAGCUGCCUGAAAAACAGCAUAAUCUAUGGCAUUCACUUACUUCUACUGACACUCUUACACACACUAAAUAACAAUAAUAUUAUCUGAAGUAGGAGGGGCUGCGCAUGUGGGUGUGGGGACUGGAUGUGUCAGUUCUGCUUGAUUUAACAUUUACAGUGUAUCUGCAUUCAUUCAGUUACGUAAAGGUCUUUGAUUCUAUAGAGAAAAAAAAAACAUGAAAAUGUGUAAAGCCACAUUGAGCAUAUCAGUAAUUGAUCAAAUGGGUAGAUAAUGCCAACGUAUGUCCUGUUAUAUAACUAAAUAUAGCCCUUAAGUUAGAACAUAGUGUUUUGGUGAUUGUUGGACCAAAUUAGUCAUUGUACACAAAUCAAAUGAAUUGUAGCACUACAUGUAAAGCAUCGUCUCCAGAUGUAAGAGAUGAGUUUAUUGAUUAUGUGCAAAGGGGGCUUCCUUUGUUGUGAGUUGUGAUGUAUAAAUCUCUGUCUAGAAUUUUUAUGUAAGUGUGAUGAUACCCCUUCCUACAAAACCUUGUGUAUACAUAACAUGAAAGCAUACUGAUGAAUGGGAGAAAAAAAAAUGCAAAGACUCAAAGCCAUAUGUUUAUUGUGGAGUGCCAUUGUUAACAAUUUCUGUCACUUUUUGACUGUUAUUUAUUUUUUUAAUGCAUCUACUUGUUGAGUCUACUAUAUAUUGACUGUCAGUUCUGGGAUUAAGGAGGUUGGCUUUUUUUGCAAUAAUAUUGACCUGCUAUAUUUGUGUGUCUGAAUUAAAAUUUCACUAUAGUGUUACAAGCUCAGAGCUUUGUAUUUAGACUUUGAGAAUUGUAAGUGAUUAUUGUCACCAAAGUUUAACAAUGUGUCUCAAGCAAUUUUUGUCCCCUUUAUAUUUCUAGCUGAAAUAUUUGGAAAUGCAUUGACAUAUUGGUCAAUAAUAAUAAUCACAAGCUUUAGACAAUUUGAUUGAUAAUCGAAGCUGGUAUUUUCCUCAUGAAUUUGGAAUCAUGGAUUAGUUUCAGAAGGAGGAUUUGGAGAAUUUUCGGAAUAGUUUGUGAAUUAUUGCUCUAUCUCUCAAACUAUUUCUAAUACAACUUCUCUCUUUUUCAUGUUUUCUCCGUGUCGAUUUUUUUUUUGUUUUAAAAAUAACAUCUAAAUGAAUUGGCAUCUGAAUUGUAAAAUGUCCUACAGUGAAUAAAAACAAGGUUUCACCGAG